UGUACCACGUGACGCACAGUGUUUGGGUUUGCUAGAGGAAGUAUAGUAGACUGAGAGGACACGCUAGAGUGGAACAGUUUAUCUUAGUUUAUCAGCCGUCGUAGGAUAACAGUGAUCAUAAGGAUGAUAACGGUGAACACAUAUUGUUCUAAUAUGUUGGCGUGACGUGUAGACGGGAUUUUCUUUGGUUGAAAUAGACAUACCGUUCACGUUGAUGGCUAGUUGGCUGUUCUUAUUUAGCCUUUGCUAGCUUUACAUCAGCUAGCAUUCAAACUAGCCUGUCUCUUUAACUUUAAUCUCAUUACGUUCACCUCUUUUACAACCGCACUUUGACCUACGGUAGUAAGGUGUUCUGACUAUCGGGACGUGUAAUAAAAUGCCUUUUCUCAGGUCGUUUCUGCUUAGGACUCCAGGGCUGUCAGAAAUCUGUUAGCAAGUAAGCUAAGCGCAUUGCUGGUUGACAGUGAAGUAAUGUGCUAUAGAAAGAUGAUGAGCAUCUGCAUCCAGACACUCGAGAAGAUGACAAGGAGGAAAUAGGCGAUGCACCUUGUGCAGAGGUCAAACGCACAAUGGUAGUGUCUGAGCUUCAUUGGGACAACCAAAUCCCCUUUCCAAAGCUUGGCCCAACUCAUUCCAGGAUCGUUGUCGGUCUGGUCGCCUUGGUCUGUUUUAUAAACAGCUAUGACGGUGAAUUUGUCUUUGACGAUUCGGAAGCUAUUGUGAAUAACAAGGAUUUACACCCUUCAACCCCUUUGAAUAAUAUCUGGGAGAAUGACUUCUGGGGAAGUAACCUGAGCAGCAACUCUAGCCACAAAUCCUACCGUCCCCUCACCGUCCUCACGUUUAGGCUCAACUACCUCUUGGCCGGUGGCUCGCACCCCAUUGGCUUCCAUGUGCUCAACAUCGUCCUUCACAGCAUCAUAUCCACGUUAAUGAUCGACGUGUUUGCAAUAUUAAUUGGCGGCCUGGCCUACGACGGUAAACUCCAGAAGCUCAACCAGGCGCCCAAGGCUUCCUUCUUGGCAGCUUUGAUCUUUGCUGCCCACCCAGUUCACACGGAAAGUGUUGCUGGCAUUGUUGGCCGGGCAGACCUGCUGUGUGCUUUGUUCUUCCAGCUCUCUUUCCUGGCAUACUGCAGAGGCUUCCGAGGAGGUAAUGACAAAAAUGCGUCUGUGCCAUGGAUCGUCUUCAGUCUGCUGCUGUGCGCCGCAGCCAUGCUCUGUAAAGAACAAGGAAUCACUGUGCUGGGCGUAAACGCUGCCUUUGAUGUUCUCAUGAUCUGCAAUGUAAAUAUCUAUGAGCUGACCCACAGGCUCUUGCUCAAGGGGAAACCAGUGGAUGUGAGUGAGUUCGUGAGGACCGGUCUGCUGGUGAGACUGAUGCUGCUCCUGUCCGGCGGCUCACUGCUUUUAUACGCCCGAUGGAGGAUCAUGGGCACUGGUCCCCCCGCCUUCACCGAAGUAGAUAACCCAGCAUCCUUUGCUGAAAAUCUUUUCCUCAGAAUUGUGAACUAUAAUUACUACUACUCCUUGAAUGCGUGGCUGCUCCUGUGUCCCUGGUGGCUGUGUUUUGAUUGGUCGAUGGGAUGUGUGCCGCUCAUUAAGUCGGCUGGUGAUUGGAGGAUCAUCGCGGUGCUGCUGCUGUGGAGCUGCUUGGUCGGUUUGAUGAGUCAAGCUCUGUGCUCACAGGACGCUGUUAAGAGGAGGAUCCUGACCUUUGGCCUGGUGCUCCUGGUUAUCCCCUUCCUGCCGGCCAGCAACCUGUUCUUCCGCGUGGGCUUCGUUAUCGCAGAGAGGGUCCUCUACCUGUCCACGGCCGGCUACUGCCUGCUCCUGGCCUACGCCCUGGGACACGCCUGCUGCCUCUGGAGGAAACACCGGAAACUCUUUGGGGGGGCCAUGUUGGCUCUGCUGUGUGUGUACGUGGUGCGCUGUGCCCAGCGGAGCAGGCAGUGGGGCUCGGAGCAGAGCCUCUUCACCAGUGCCCUGCCCGUCUGCCCCCUCAACGCCAAGGUCCAUUAUAAUGUGGGCAAGAAUCUGGCAGACGGAGGAAACCAGAAUGCUGCAAUCAAGUAUUACCGUGAAGCUGUGAGGCUGCACCCUAAGUACGUCCACGCCAUGAACAACCUGGGCAACAUCCUGAAGGAGCGGCAUGAGCUGAUGGAGGCGGAGGAGCUACUCUCCACUGCUGUUCACAUCCAGCCUGAUUUCGCUGCGGCCUGGAUGAAUCUGGGCAUCGUGCAGAACAGCCUGAAGAAGUUUGACGCUGCAGAGCAGAGCUACCGGAACGCCAUCAAACACAGGAGAAGAUACCCCGACUGCUACUACAACCUGGGACGGCUGUACGCAGACCUGAACAGGCACGUGGACGCGCUGAACGCCUGGAGGAACGCCACCAUGCUGAAGCCUGAGCACAGCCUGGCCUGGAACAACAUGGUCAUCCUGCUGGACAACACAGGUAAUCUGGACCAAGCUGAGGUGAUUGGCAAAGAGGCCUUGAAGAUUUUACCCCACGACCCCACAAUCAUGUUCUCGUUAGCCAAUGUUCUGGGAAAGCUGCAAAAAUACAAGGAAUCAGAAGGUUUCUUCUUACUUGCUCUGAAGAUCAACCCCGAUGCUGCCAGUUGCCAUGGCAAUCUUGCCGUUCUCUACCAUCGCUGGGGAAAACUGGACCUGGCCAAGAAACACUAUGAACAGGCCCUAAAACUCGACCCCAGCACACCGGGGACCAGGGAGAACUACAACAUGCUGCGCCGUAAACUGGAACAGAGGCCGAGGACUAACAGCUAAGCGGAGAACAAGUGUGUGUGUGUGUGUGUGUGUGUGUGUGUGUGUGUGUGUGUGUGUGUGUGUGUGUGUGUGUGUGUGUGUGUGUGUGUGUGGGUAGUGAUAUUUUUUGCAUGAUGCAGUAGCCCACAUGGUGAAAUUAAUAAAUUAAUAAAAGAAGAUUCCCGGUUUUGAUAUCUGA